GUCGUCGUCUUCUUCUUUCUCUCCUUGUCCACUAUUGCAACUUUUCUACUUUGGCUCUUCCUCCUCACACCUGAAAAGUUCGAGACUUUCGAGCUAUUGUUCGAUUUAUCUCUCGUGGGUCUCCUUUGUUUGUCUCUGGCUCUGGAUCUAUGACCGUUAAAAGAUUCUCUAGCAGAGACGGAGGAAGCAGCAGUAAUGACGGUAACAAAAUUUUUGGGGCAAUCGAGCAAGAAUCUUCCAUCAUAGGUUCCUCGGAGCUUCGGGACGAGUUGGUUGGUAUUGAAGCCAUUCUUAAUCGUCUGAGCAAAUGGGUUGUGUCUGCUCUAUUUGGUUCGAUCAUUCUUCUACGACAUGAUGGUGCAGCCUUGUGGGCAGCCAUUGGAUCAAUUUUGAAUUCCGCUCUCUCUCUAGUUCUGAAACGUAUACUUAACCAAGAGAGGCCUUUUGCAACAUUGCGAUCUGAUCCCGGGAUGCCAUCUUCUCACGCUCAGUCCAUUUCUUUCAUAUCUGUCUUUGCUGUUUUAUCCGUUAUGGAAUGGCUUGGAACCAGUGGAGUCUCUUUGUUACUUAGCGGCUUCAUCCUCGCAUUGGGUUCAUACUUUAUACGUUUAAGGGUUUCACAGAAGCUACACACAAGCAGUCAAGUGGUGGUGGGUGCCAUUGUGGGUUCUCUUUUCUGCAUCUUGUGGUAUACAACGUGGAACUCGCUUCUACGUGAAGCCUUUGAGUCAUCUCUAUUAGUUCAAAUAUCUGUAUUUCUGGUUGCAGUUACAUUUGCGCUCGCAUUCGCAGUGUACGUUGUACUUAACUGGUUCAAAGACGACAGAUAAUCAAAUCUGUUAAGCUUAACAAGUUAAAAUUGUAUCCCUCCAUAUCUAAUUCAAAUUAUCAAACGUUGGAUUCU